UUCUGAUAGCAGGUCGACAAUAACCAGUAACCAAGAAAGCGGUAUCUGCAUCCGUUCCAUCCUUUUUAUUUAUCUUUGGUCCCUUCAUGUGAUACGACCGAGCGCUAGCGUUUACCUCGAUUUUUCCUUCUCGUCGUGUAGUGUCGUUCAUUUUCAUUUCUUACAUAUUUUUCACCUUGUUCUUGUUAAUUAAAUUAAAAUGUACAAGUUAAAACCAGUGUUUAGUGUACCCCUAGAAUUAAAAAAUACAUGUACUGUUUACAAGCUUAAAAAUUUGCAAGAGAAGGCUAUCAACGUUCAGAUCAAGUCCAAGGUGAGAUGAUUUAUAUUUCAUGUUAGAUUGGUGAAUACGUUUUCAUCUUUAGCCUUUUAUGUGAGUGCAUCUUUAGAAAUUAUACUUGAGUAUAAAACUCAUCCAAUGGUACCUUAGCUAUAAGGUUUAUUACCUACAUGGCUACGUAUAAUUAUCGACGCUAGUGUAAUUGUUUGUCUCCCUUCUGAUUUACAUCGUAUUAUUGUUGCCCAGCAAUUAAAUUCUGAAUUUGUCAAAAUGUAUCUAUAACUUGAUUAUCUAUUGUCUUACAUGAAUUUGAGUUGUAAAAUAAAAUGUAAUAGUUUGUGAUUACUUGUUUAUUUGAGUAAAUGACAUUUAGCCCCUGUCAAUUAUUAAGAUAGGACAUUUGGCCCCUGGGAGUUAUAUAAUGUUAUUUACACACAGGAUCCUCAGUUUUUUAAAUCCCUUUUUUUUUAUUUAAAAUUUUAAUUUUUUCUCUAAAACGUAAAAAGUAUAAUUUAUAUGUGAGAAUGGCCACAUUCAAAGUGUAAAAUAAUGAAAUAAAAACAAUCAUAUUUAAAUUCACUAUAACGCCUACAGUUACAGACUGAUAAUAAAGUAUGAAGAUUACUUAAUAUUAUCAACUUUAUCAUUGAUGCAAUCAAAAUUGGGAAUUCCAGAAACAAAAUAAUAAUAAUUUAGGUACCUACAAUUUUAUUUAUUUAUUUAAAGUUUAAACACUCCAAAGGGGUAAAGAGUACGAUUACAAUUACAUAAAAGAUUAUACAAUGUAAAUCUAAAUAUUAAAUAUUAGAUUGUACAAAAAAUAAAAAAUAAAAACAUAUAUAUAAUAUACAAUGAAUUCAUGUAGGUUAACUAGGUAGUAUUGAUUAAUAUAUGCCUUAAUUUAAGUUGUGGAUCAAAAGAAAAUUCAAAGUUAUGUACAUUGUUACAAACGUUUAAAAGAUGAUACUCUGAACUGUUUAAUUAUAUUUGUAGAGCAUUGUGGUACUAAAAAAGGGUAAUUAUUGCUUGAGUUGAAUAUUGGAAUUUUAAAAUUUAUCUUCAUUAAUAAUUCUGGGCAGAAUAGUUUACUGUUUAUUAAUUUAUAAACAAAAGCUAUGUCAUUAUAUAACCUUAUUGUUGGAAGUGAUUCUAAACCAAAUUCUACAGCUAAGGUAUCUAGGGGAACAUCCAUUUGACCUAAUUUGUAUGCCUUCAUACUUAAAAAGCGUCGUUUGAUUUUUUCAAGUUUAUCAAUUUGGUAAUAUUGUUUAGGAUUCAAAAUUAUUGAUGAAUAUUCUAAUAUGGACCUAACAAGAGAGUAAUAUAAUACUUUAAAGACCAUUCAUUUUUUUAAAUUCGGAACAGUUUUGGUUUAUGAAGUCAAUUGCCCUUAAAGCUUUGCUUUGACAGCGGUGAUAUGAAUGUUGAAUGUGAGAUCAGAGGAUAAUAAAACACCUAAAUUCACGCACAGUAGAAGAGAAUUCUAAUUUACAAUUUUUAAUACAUUAAAAUCACUUAUUCUUUUUCAGUUUUUCACAAAUAUAAAAUUCAUCAGUCAAAUUCUUUGAGUAACAUUUACUAAUAUAUUUACAAUAGGUACAAUUAUAUUUACACAAUUAUUUAUGUUUGAUAUUUCAGUCAUAUAUUUUAUAAUAUAAUUGUAUAUUUUGAAUGUUGUCAUCCUCACAUAUUAAUAUAAAUUAUACUAACAUUUUAUGUUUUAUAAAACAAUUAAAAUUAAAAAAGAAAAAGAAUUUAAUGAUUUUAAAAUACCUGGGAGUCAAAUGUCCUAUCUUAAUAAUUUAUGGGGAUUAUACAUGCGUGGACUGGUUUUUUGACAGGGACAAAAUGUCCACGAUUUGUUUAUUUAAAAUUAGGGAAUUUGAUCGGUUAUAAUACCCACAAAUAGGUUUUUUAAAUUUUAUUUUUGUUAUUUUAGUAUAAUGUAAUGUUGAUAAUAGGUAAGUGAAGUGUUAAAGCAACUUAUUUUUAAUUAAUUAUAAGUUCCUAAAAUAAGUUUAAUGUUAACAUAACAUUAACAUUAAUAUUGAUAAAAUAGGUAGGUAGUUAAUAUAAAUCUCAGUUUCUGAGUUAAAUUCCUUCAAUUGUUUAAAUAUUUCCCCUUUAAUUAAAUCUGAUUUUUUAAAAAAUAAUUUUCAAGGCUAGUCAGUAAAAUGAGAUAAAUAACUAUGGAUAUAAUAAAUAGUUACUUACUUCAUAUCUAAUGUUUAAGUAGAAGUAUGAAAACACGGUUUGGUUUAUAUUAUUAUUUGUUAGAUAGACGAGAAUUGUGAAAUUCAUGUUCGACUUCCUCUUAUGUAACUACAUAUAUUUUAUAAAAAAAAUUUCCUUUUAGAAUGUCAAUGAUGAUAUGGAGUUAUCCAAUGAAGGAAUUGAAGUACUAUUAAACAAAGAACACGAAGUACUCAAUAAAUUGAUGCAACUUGAAUACAGAUUAAGUAAACUUAAUUUUCAAUUUUCUGAUGAAAAGGAUAAUUUACCUAUCCCAAAAAUACCAAAAGUUUCAUCUAUGCCAUACCAUAUAGUUCAGAAAAAACAUCACAAAAAAACAGAGUCUAAAAUAAAUAAUGACAUUAAAAAUCUAAUAAAGGUAAAAUUUGUUUUAUUUUUAUCAAUAUUAGUUAUUUUUAUCAAAUAACAAUUAAUGUAUUAUUAUAGACUGAUAUAGUAGUUUUUGCUGAUCCUGAAAAUCCACCUUAUUCUCUAUUGGCUUUACCAAUUUUGUGGCCAAAUGUAUCAUGGGAUAUUUCUUACCAUAUCCAUUCAUCUGUAAAAAAUGAUUUGAAGAUAUUAAAAACCAUUGAAAUAUUUACAAAUGUAUCUAGUAAAUAUAACAACAACACUACAAUAAAAGUCUUUGUCAUAUGGCAAUAUAGUAAGUUAUUACUAGAGCUAGGAUUUUAAUGACCUAAAAACUUAUUUAUUUUUAAAAUAUUAAUUAUUAAUUAUGAACAAAAUAGGUAUAAAUUUGAAUUGUGAAUGUAACCGCUUCCUGGUAUAAUUAUUCUGAAAAAUCAAUAAAAUCAUAAAUUAAAAUAAUUUAAUGAAAAAUAUAUCAUUUUUUUUUUUUUACCUGUACACAUAUUAUUGCAUUGCACAAUUAGAUGAUUCUUAAGAUUUCCAAACAGGAAGCUGCGACGAGGGCUUCCUACUUUUGACUUAAUUUUUGGCAUUUUUAAAGUUUUAAUAUUAAUUUUUAAUAUCAGUCUUAAUAUUAUUUGUUCAGUAUUGUGUGUACAUUUAAGAUCAGUGUAGAACCACAUAGGUACAUGUCGUAUUCACUACUAAAGCUACUGUAUAGGUCUAUAUCCUAUAAGAUAAAUCAACAAUUAAUUAUAUUACUUUUUCAAUAUUAACGGAGUGAAGUAGGUAAUUCCCUAUAGGUAUUAAUUGGGGUUACCUUUACAACACAUAUUAAAAAUCUUAAAAUAAACAAAAAUUAGUAAAAAUGCAUUUAACACAAAAAAAUGCAAAAUAAAAAUUACAUAUUCUAAAUUGUUAUAUCACGAAACAAAUUUAGUUUUUGGUUAAAAUUGUAUAGCACUUAAAAAAAAAAAAAAAUGCAAGUCACCAAAAUCCUAGCUCUAAUUAUUACAGGUAAAAAUUUUGUCAAAAAUUAUUUAAUUUCGUUUAAUUUUUUUAGAUAAACCUAGUCCAAAAAUUGUGAAAUCUUCAACAGACAUAUUAUUUGGCGAGGUGCAGUUGUUACGUUUAUUUAAUCACAAUUUAACCACUGAAACUCAGAGGACUGUUGAUCAAACAAAUUCUGACAAAAUUUUGGAUUUAAUAAAUGAUAUAAAUUGUUCGACAAAUGAUCGUACUUCUGAGCUAUAUAAUUUGAUUACUGAUUCAAAUACUAUAUUGGAUUUGAAAAAUAUUGCUUUAUGGUCUUUGUUGUACAAGAAACAUAAUAUUCCACCAAACAUAGAAAAAUGGAUAGAGCAGAUGAAAAAUAUUAUUAUUUCUUAAACGAUAUGGCUUAAUCUGUCCAAAAAAAUAAAGAUAAAUACAAAUACUAUUAGAUAAACUUUAAUUUCAAAAUUAAAAUUUAAGUUUUAAUAUAUUCAAUUUGUUUCAUCUAUUAAUUUUAUGAAUACUGUUUUUAUCACGGACUUAUUAAAAAUCUAUUUAAAAAUUGACUUGUCAAAUAACAUGAUAUAGUCAGUAUUAUCAUUCAUUAGAUACAUGACUUAUACAUUUUUGGGUAAUGUUUUGGAUAUUCCAGCAGUUUAUUCAAAAAUUUAUGGUAAAAUAUUUUAUCAUGAGCAUCUUCAUAUUACUUACUGAUUGUAUUCAAUGUAUUGUCCAAUUGCAGCUGAAGACUUUAGUAAAAUAAAAUAUAAAAUUGUAUGAAUGUUAAACUUUUGUGUACAAUUGAAAUAAAUAUUAUUAUUUUGUUAUCAUGUAAUUUUUCCCUCAUUAUUCAAAAUCCAACAAACUAAAACAAUAAGUAAAUCUUAAAUUAAAUAAAAUACAUACCUAUAUUAUUUUCCAUCAGGUAUAUUUGAAAAAAGUAUACAAAACAAAUGAAGGUGUCGCUCCAUUCAAUAACGAGACAAAAACAAAAACGCUUUAAAAAUAAUUGUAGUCAAUUUAGAUAUAUUAAACUACAAUUAAAAACGAUUCCGUAGCAUUUGAUUUGAUUUUUAUAACUACCCUGAGAUAGGAGCUAAUAUUAACCUACUUUUUAUGGAGUUAUCCGGUUUUUUGACCAGAAAUUUAUAUUCAUAAUUUUUUCAUCAAAUAUCCUAAAUGGAUGGUUGGAUUUACUUUGCUCUUAUACAAAUAUAUAUGUAGUUUUUUUCUUAAUUUUAAUCCGUGAAAAUCCCGUUUUUGGAAGAAAAUGAAGUCUCAUUAUUGCAUGGACCUCUUCAAAUGGUCAAAACUUAACAAAUUUUCAAUUUUUCUAUCAAAUCAAAAAAAUUAUUUUAAAUUUGAAAAUUGUUGAGUUUCAAGCAUGUUAAAAUAUUUUUAUUAAUAUUAUACUCUUAUUUUAAAACUAUUUCCAAAUAUAAUUUCAUUAUAUAUCAAUAGUAAUAUUAUUAACUCUGGUGUUUAAAGUCAAACAAAACUUAAAAAGAAAUCACAAGUGGACAAUUAAAUAUAAAUGUAAAAUAUUGCAUUAUUUAUAAACAUAAUUCUGUAAUUUGAUGACAAAAGUUGAUGUGCACAUUUAAAUUUUAAAAAAUAAUUAUCAGACACCAUAUAAUAACAAACUAGUCAACAAAUUUAAAUUAAAUUUUCGUAUCCAAUAAAAUUGGUUUUGUUUGGUCAUCAUUUAUACAUUGUAAUAUAUCAAUUUAGAAAAAAAAUAGAUAGAUUUCAAGAACAAAAUAUUUUAUUAUCACUGGUUAAAUUUAAAACUUAACAUAAAACAGUAAUAUUUCUGUUAUUGGAUAACAAAUAAUUAACUAUUAAAAUUAUUCGCAUAUAUAAUUUAAAUAUGCAAUACCACAAAAUAGCAUUCAUUCAAAUAAAUAUUAAAUACUAUUAUUAUAAUCUUAAAUAAUUAUAACAAAUUAUAAUCAUUAAAUUACAUUGGAAAAAUAAGCUUUUAAUAAUUCAACAUUUAUUUUAUUUUAAAAACUACACAAAAUAAAAAAAAUAUAGCCAUUAAACUACAAUUUUUUUUUUUAUUUUUAGUAUAAUUAAUAUAAAUAAUACUGAUUAAAGUAACAAAAACAAAUUUAUUGCUUGUUCCCAUAAUUUUUAUCACAGGAUAAUGUACAGGUUAAUUUCACUAGUAUUGGAUAGUAAAUACUCUUAACAAUUAUUUAGGUAAUCAAUAAUUAUUAUAAUAAUUACAAAUGUUUUCACAGUUUAAAAAAAAAUAAAUAAAAAAUUACAUUUGACAUUCAAUAAAUUAUUGUUAAUAUUUGCAAUUGUGCAUGAAAAUUAACAAAACUAUUACUAAUUCCUUAGAAAAUUAUAUAAAUUUUUAAUUUCAAUUUAUUGGACCACAUUUACAUUGCAAAUAGUAAUGUAUAAUACUUAUUAGUAUGUUAAUUUUAAAAAUAAAAAUUAUUAUUACAUUAGAACACACAAGUGGAUAUUAUUAAAAACAAUUUAUAAAAAUAAUUCAGUCAAGAUGCUCGUUUAAAAUUAAAAUUUUAAAACAAAAUAUUGUUCUAAUUUAAACAAGGCUAUAAUAUAUUUAUGGCAUUCAACAUAAAAAUAUAUUUUCAAAUAGAAAGUCUUAAGUGUUUUAAGGACUUGUAGUAUUAAUUAAAUUGAUAAAAUUAAUGAAAAAAACUAUUUUAUAUCAAUACAAAUUUUAAAGACUUAUUUUAUUUUAAUUUGAAGGAUUUAAUUGAAAAAUAGUUAAAUGCAAUCAGUCUUUUUAUUAUUAUAUAAGUAAAUGUGGCUCAAAAACUUAAUGAAUUUUGAAUUUAAGAAAAUUAUUUUCUAAUGAAAUAGAUUGAGAUCUAAUUGUAUAGAGCUAAAUUAAAUACAAACUUUAUCAGUCUAUUAAAAGACAUUUUAGAGUAAGGUGGUCAGACUAACCAAUAGACAGGUCAUGGUAAAGUUAAGUAAAUAUAUUAAAUAAAAUUGUGGACGGACCAAUAAUGGCACUCUUUAAAUUGAGUUAUACAAAUGACGAGAAUCCUGGUAGCGGAGCUCGUGAUCUGGCCAUGUUAUUCAUUAUAAUUUGACCACCAUUAAGGCUCAUUACUGCACUACCUUCAGGUUCUGAAUCUGUAUAACUAGAAUAAUUUCUAACAGGUUUUUGUCGUUUCCACGACUGUCUUAAAGAAUCAUUGACAUUGGCAUAGUGAUUGACAAACGAAUGUGGAUCUGAACGUACACUUUCAUUCUCACUUUCCGAACCCUAAAAUAAUUUAAUUAAUUAAAUCUUAAAAAAUUAUUACUUAUGAAAAUUGAAGUUAAAAACAUACUUGGGAGUCUGUUGAACUAAUUUCUGAAGGUUUUUCCGUGACUGAACUGUCAUCUGGAUUUUCAUCAUAGCCUUUUACACUGUCGUCAUCACUGUGAUAUGGAACACUUGCCGGAGAUGGUCUCGGAGGAGAUUUUCCCAGAGUUCCAAUGGGCGCUUUUCGUCUGUGUAAUGAAUGAUGUAAAGUGUUAUGAAUGGACAUUCGUCCGAGAGAAUUAUUAUUUGACAUUCUAGUUCUAUGGAGUUCCAUUGCCAAUUGCUGCCGAUCAUCGAUAUCCAUAACCAUAGAUUCUUCUAAGGUUUUUUGUGCUUCUUCUAUAGUAUAUAUAAAGUAUAUAAAUUAAAAUUUGAAGACAAAAACAAAUGUUGAAGGCUAAUUAUGUAAUAGUAAUGAUCUUAUUAAUAUAAAAAUUAAUAACUUACGUUUAUACUUGUAACUUUUACUUUUAACACAUAAAAUGGCUAUAACCAUAAUAAGUACAAUUAUUGACGUGGCUGCUAAUGCAACCAUAAACCAUGUUUGUCUAUAAAACGGUUUCAUUUGCAAGUAACCGUAUUCCAAAUACAAUUUUGAUGGUGUUAGAACCUGCAAUUUAUUAGAAGUUAAUAUUUUUUAAAAUUAAUUAAAUUUAAUACAGCUCAUAUUGGUAUAAUACAGUUGUAGUAUGUUACUUACCACAUCAUCCGAAUAGGCAGGAUAACUAAUACCAAACUCAUUAUAGGCAACAAUUCUAAACAAAUAUGAAGUAGAGGGUAAUAAACUUUGAUAUGAUACUGAAAAUUCCUCUAACUGUCCACUAUUACUUUUUGUUACUGUAGUCCAGCGUGUGUCAUCUAUAAACAAUAGAAAUCAAUAAAAGUUACAUAACUAAAAAUUUGAAGAAAAAAUUGACAAGCAUGGUGCAUACUGCUUUGAACACGAGUGACAUCCACAUUAAUUACAGUUAAUAUAUUUAUAAUUAAAAUUCAAUACACAAAUAUUUUAAAAAUUAAGCAUAUCAUAUCUUUUUUUUUUUUUAAGAGCAGCCCUUUUUGAGUUAGCAUUAUUGUAUUAAGCUAAUUAAAAAUACACUGAAUAGACAAAGCAUUCUUAAAUUAAUAUUUUUACAACCAAGUACUUCAAAAUGUAUUCAUAGUAUACUAUAAUAUUACACUUUAUACAAAUAUUAUUGUUAAUAAACAAA